AUGACAAAGGAUUCACCCACCCCCUUGGGUGGUGGCCGCGCGUCGCCCAAGAAGCCAGGCAGCCCCGGCCCAGCGACGGCAGUGCUGGAGGAGCAGAGGCGAGAGCUAGAAAAACUGCGGGCAGAGCUGGAGGCCGAGCGCGCGCGCGGCCGGUCGGAACGGCGGCGUUUCGCGAACCAGGCGCGCCAGCUGCGGGAGUCUGCCGAGCAGGAGCGGCAGCAGCUGGCUGACCAUCUGCGCUCCAAGUGGGAGGCACGACGCCUCCGGGAGCUGCGGCAGCUGCAGGAUGAGGUGCAGCGCGAACGUGAGGCCGAGAUCCGGCAGCUGCUGCGCUGGAAGGAGGCAGAAUUGCGGCAGCUGCAGCAGCUGCUCCACCAGGAGCGCGAUGGUGUAGUGCGCCAGGCUCGGGAGCUUCAGCGCCAGCUGGCCCAGGAGCUGGUGAACCGCGGUUACUGCGGCCGCUCGGGGGCGUCCGAAGACCCCGCGGCACAAUGCCGCUGUCGCCUGCAGGAAGUGCUGGCACUGCUGCGCUGGGAGACCGAUGGCGAGCAAGCUGCGCGCAUCCGCCAUCUGCAGGCGGCGCUAGACCUGGAGCGCCAGCUCUUCCUUAAAUACAUCCUGGAGCACUUCCGCUGGCAGCCCCCUUUCCCGGGACCCGCGGACCUCCAAAUCACACAUUCCUUGGAAGAGCCACCCCUAGAAGCCCAGAGCAACACUCGUGGCAGCCCAAAGCCUGCUCGUCGACUCGGAUCCCUCGAAAGCCUCAACAGUGGUGGCCGGGUUUGCUCUCCAAACGACCUACUGCCCACGCGUGCCAGCUCCCUCGAAUCCCUGGCAACAGCACAUUCUUGCUCACUGAACAACACACUGAAUUGCUCCCAGGCUUCCGAAUCUGAGGUAAGGGCCUCCUCGACCAGCGCCUCUACCCCAGACACCUCCAGUCCCCAGCCGUCGCUUCAGGUACCAUCAAUACACAGGAACCCUGGUGACCUGCAGGAAGAAAGCUCCGAGAACAAGCCCUGCGAAGAAGCCCUGACCCCCUCACCACCAGGUCUGGACUACCACGACCUGGUAAGGCAGAACUCAGAGCUGGCCGAAGCAUUGCAGGUGCUAGUUCGCCGCUGCUGUGGCCUGCGCGAAGAGAACUUGCAGCUGCGGCGCUCAGGCUUCUCGGAUGAGGCCGAUGAGAAAGUGAAAUGGCUCAAGGUGAAGCACGCAGAACUAACCGAUCUUGCUCAACGCCUUGAAGACAGGGCCCGCAAGCUGCAGGAGACCAACCUGCGGGCCGUGUGCGCUACUAUACCGGGUGAGAGCCUCGGAGGCCUGGACCUGGGCCAAGGGUUUGCUCACCAGCGUGUUCAGGACCUGUCAGAACAGGCUGAUGUGCUGCAAGCCAAAGAUCUGCAGAUCGAAGCAUUGAGGCGGAAGUGUCACCUGCUGCAGGCGCGCGUCGCCGCGGACCUUGGCAGCUACUCGCAUCCUGGAGAGGGCGCCACCUGCACACAAUUGUGCAACAUUAAUGAUUUGGACCGGCUGCAGCGUGAGUCUCAGCGGGAAGUGCUGCGCCUGCAAAGACAGUUGACCCUACAGCAGCGUAAAGCUGGCUCCCAGGCGGAAGCGGGCAGCCUCAGCGCACCCUCAGAGAAAGCGCGGCACCAGGUGCAGGCGCUGGAGCGCGAGCUGGGUGCACAGCGGCGGGAAUGCGAGGAGCUGAGCGCACAGGCAGCCGCCGCUGAGCGGCGCUAUGAGGAGGCAGAGGCGCAGCUCCAGGCCGCGCUGCACAAGGGCGCCAGGCUGUCAGAGGAGAACGCACGGCUGCAGGCCCUAGCCAGCUCUGUGAAGAAGGUGGCAGACGAGAACAGCAGUGUUUCCCUGCAGCAAAGCCGUGCGAGGCAGAGGCAGGAACCCGAAGCCACUGGCCUGCCGGCGGAGCAGCUGCUGCAACAAGCAGGCUGUGCACAAGACAGGCAAGAGCAGCUGCGUCACUACCAGAAUAACGCCCCGAGUGACCUUUGGGCCUUUGGGAAAGAAACGCAGCGAUUGCAGUGUCAGCCUGGCCACCCCUCAGAGACACUGGAGACCACCCAAGCUUCAGAACCCCAAGCCAGGGGUAGCAGGAGGCCCAAAUUCAAGCCAAAGUCUGAAGAACAUUCAUUGUCGUUGCCUAUCACGGACGUACAACUUCCCGCUUCUCUCUCCCAGCAGGAGAACCCAGUUACUCCCGGGGAACCAGCUGGCGCCCCCCAAGUGUCAGACAGAAAUCCUACCAGUCAGCCUCUGGACUCCAGGCCCCAAGCCAAGAAAACCAGUUCACAAUCCAAUUCCUCCUCGGUAGAGUCCUUGUGGGCUACAGUGCCAUCUUGCCUUUCUCUGGACAUGGACACCGCAAGCGAAAUGGAUGACUUGGAACCAGACAGUGUGUCCACUUCCCCAGAAAUGAGGAGUUCAGAGGCUCCCACCACUCACAAGCUCCAGGUCUUCUUGGCUAGAACUAACUACAGUCCCUGUGAAGGGCCUAAUGAGCAUUGUCAAGGUGCACUGCCCCUCACAGCUGGGGAUUAUGUUUAUGUCUGUGGGGACGUGGAUGAGGAUGGCUUCUAUGAAGGGGAGCUUGUGAAUGGGCAGCGAGGCCUAGUCCCGUCUAACUUAGUGGAACCAAUUUCAGGAAGCCCCGUCCUGAACCACCUAUUCCCCACGUCCCCUGAUGCAGGUCCUGCCACUGCACUACCCACUGAGCAGAGCAAAGCCUUGAAAGGCAGCUUCUUACGUGAGGAAAUGCAGGGAUCUCUGGAGAGAGGCCUGUGCCAAGCAGGAAGGGCAGACUCUAAGACAGAUAUAGCAGUAGAACGUUUGAAAACCAAGACAGAAGCCUGCUGGCAGGGCUUGAAACCAAGCACGGAGGAGCAGAACUUCUCCAGGCCCCUUUUGGAGGCCAAAGGAGUAUUCUGUUUGGGUCCUGUGCAACUACAGCUGCAGAAUGUCACAGCUACCUCUGCCACAAUUACAUGGGCCUCUGGCAGCAAUAGGUACCCCCAUAUGGUGUACCUUGAAGACGAAGAGCAUACUCUAACUCCCUCGGGUGUGAACCGAUACACUCUCCACGGCCUAAGUCCUGGCACACGUUACCGGGUGAGGGUGGGGGUGCAGCUACCUCAGGACCUGCUACCGGUGCUCUGGGAAACAAUGUCCUCCACGAUAACUUUUGAUACCCCUUUAGCAGGACCCCCUGACCCUCCUCUGGAUGUGCUGGUGGAGCACCAUGCCUCUCCAGGUUUCCUGGUGGUCAGUUGGCUCCCUGUGACCAUUGACUCGGCCGGGUCAUCCAAUGGAGUGCAGGUCACUGGCUAUGCUGUCUAUGUGGAUGGGUUCAAGGUCACAGAAGUCGCUGAUGCCACUGCUGGGAACACCCUACUGGAAUUUUCUCAGCUUCAGGUUCCCCUGGCAUGCCAGAAGGUUUCCGUGAGAACCACGUCACUCUACGGUGAGUCUCUGGAUUCAGUGCCAGCUCAGAUUCCCGAGGACUGUUUCUUUUGUUACCCAUUCCUAGAGGCUCCUCCCUUUAGCUACACAGAUGGGGACCCUUCUGCCUGCAGAGUUGCUUUCCCUGUCUGUCAGCAGAAGGCGUUACAGGCGUCUCCAAGUGCCAAGUCCAGCUCUCAUACCCCUGGAAGCUGUGGGGAGCCUCCAGCUACGUUUCUAGAAGCAGCCCCUGAAGAACCUUCAAGGAAGCAUUUACCAGUCCCCAGCCUGAGCUCAGAUAGGGCAAACAACCUCCUCCGGGGGCCCGCGGAGGCCUGGAAGGGCUAUGAGAAGGACUUGGCCUUUCAGAAGACUCCCCAGAACCACAGGCCACCUCUGCUCUUUGGCCAGCCUGGGCUGGAGGAAGUCCACUCCCCACAGAUGGGCAUUAGUGGAAGUCCUGCUCCAGAGUUCGUCCGUCUCUCCCCAGAGACUGGACCUGUGAAAGUGCCGUGUUGGGAGAAGCCUGGCCUUGAGAAGGCCCUUCUUCAAAAGCAAUAUGCUCAGAUGCUCCCUCCUCACCGGCAAGGCUCAACCCAGUGUCACACAGCUGACUUCCAUCACAUUUUGGAGGAGGAGGCUCUGUGUUUGGAUUCUCAGUACACAGAGAAGCCAGAGCAAAGAAAGAGCAAGUCCCAAAGUGGACAAAGACAGGGGACUCCAGGAAGCAAGAGAGAGUGCCAGUUUCUUGAACCUACCUCAGUGCUAUGCCCAGCACCAACCAGCAAAGUCAUUAAGAUGUCAUGUGGGGCCCCUGAGGAGCUGGAGACAGAAGCCGACAGUUCAGUGAGGGUCUUUGUGGCCCUCUUUGAUCAUAGCCCUCCGGUAAUGCCUGUCAACUCCGAAGCUUUGGAAAAAGAGCUGGCUUUCCAGAAAGGGCAGUUGCUAAGGGUGUGGGGCUCCCGGGAUGCUCAUGGGUUCUACCACGGAGAGUGUAAUGGACAGGUGGGCAAAAUCCCUGGACACCUGAUAGUUGAGGCAGAGGUGGGCACAGAACAGACUGAUGGGAGGUGGCAUUUGCUAUCUCAGGGGCACCUGCAUUCUGAGGCUCAACAUGAAGACUUGAAGGGUCUAACCAACUCCCAGGGAUCCUUCAUGCCUCAGGGGAACUCCAGAACACCCACACUGUGGACCCCAAAGACAAUGAUGGCAGCUCUGGACUAUAACCCCAGGGAUGGGAGAGCAGGGGGGCCAAAGGGCAAGCUGGUGCUGAGGGCUGGAGAUGUAGUCACAGUUUAUGGGCCUGUGGAUGAUAAGGGAUUCUACUACGGUGAGUAUAGUGGACACAGGGGCCUGGUCCCAGCCCAUCUGCUGGAUGACUUACCUGUCAAUGGAGAAUAAGCACGACUCCCUUGUAGGGUAGUAGCCUCUGGCUGCCCACACCCCUUGGAAGGAGAAGCAAGCACGUAUAUACCUUCAUGCAACACACCUCAUCAGCUGCCUUAAGCAACACCGGCUCCAGACAGCAUCACCUGAAACUGAUGACAGUCCUCAGAUGUCCUGCUAGUGUCCAGCAGCAGCAGGAUUUUAA